CAAGUCGGUAAAGUGGUCCUCCUUUAGUAGCAUGUACCAGUCUUGUUGGCGGUACUGUCUUCCUUUCAAGUUGUUCCUGAGACAGUUUGUGCACCUUGUAGAGUGAAUAUGCGUAUGGUACUGAAUAAUAUAUCUAUACAGUAUACACUAUGCACUCAUUUGUCGCGUUUUUUCACAUGACCUUCCUUUCUUUAAUUAUUUCUGUUAAUGACUCCGCGACUUUGACGUCCAAUAAAUGUCCAAUGAAGUAUGAACGUAAAUUGUCACUGAUAUCUCAUAUGUUGUAUAGGGUUACAAUAAUUUCUUGGACUCAUACUUUUAGUUGCCUAAGUUUUAGAUUUUCUACUUUUAAUAGCCUAAGUUUUACAUUUUCUACUUUUAAUAGCCUAAGUUUUAGAUUUUCUACUUUUAGUAGCCUAAGUUUUGGAAUUGUACUCGUAUUCUCAAUCUCAAGAAAGAAUCACAGUUACUUUAACUAAAACAUCCUGGAGAUUUAACCAGACUGAAAUUGGUCAACAAUAUCACCCAAUAUCAGAAAUCACCAUUUUAAAUGACUACGUCAAAGGUGGGCAGUAUACUGAGACAUCAUCCGAGAUAUCGACUGGUUUGGCAGAUUUUAUUUUUAACUUAGUUAUAACAGCCACAUUUGACUCAGUCACGUGUCCAGUAAAACAUGGGACAUAUGAUGGAGCGGAGAGGAAGUGACCUCAGAGUCUCAGAGCAAUUUGCUACCCUGCAAUACCCCCCUCACUAUUUAAAGAGUCCUGCGAGAGAGAACCUCCCAAGAAAGAAAUUAAAGGGUUAAGAAGCUGAAAGUAGACUUGCUGACGUUUCUGUGCCUUCUCGUUCUGCAUCUCCUACACAAACUGAUAAUGUCCUACGGAAACUACAACACACUGCCACAUGAGGAGGACCAGCAAAUUCCACCAAUGGAACGGAGACAGAUCUUAGGAGGAGCUGACCAGUUCCCUCAUGAAGUAUUAAUGAACUACAACCCUUACUUUACAGAACAUGUGGUGGCAGUACCAAGAAGCAGUUGCCAAAUGGUGAACCCUGGACCAAACAACCCUUGUUUUGUGGCUGAAAACCCAGUCCGAGACCUGACCCGGUCCCCACUCCGCAAGAAGCCGCACAUACAGAAAGAAGAACACGGAGGACCGCAGGGCUGCUUCAUAGGACCAGAGUUCAAUUCCGUGUCUUGCAACUUCGAGGAGGAGGAGCAGCCCUCUGGUAGUUCAAGCGACCAAGGGAGAAGGAACAUCACCAUGGCUGAUCUUUUGCUGUCCGGUGAGAUCCCCUUCUCCCCCCUUGAGAGACCGAACACAGAAGCAGCUCGGAUAUUCUACAACGCUCCUGAUACUCCCCCAAUUCUCCCAAUAGAUCCGUACACAUGGAGCGUAGCAGAGGUGAUGCUUUGGCUACGAUGGUGCUCCAGGAAGUACGAGAUACCAAACAUAGAUCCGCACAUGUUUGGGUUCAACGGCAAGGCUAUCUGCGUGAUGACCAAGGCAAUGUUCGAGUACAGAGUGCCGCAGGGGAGAGGGGCCCUAAUCUUAUACACGGAGAUAAAGAACAGGAAGAAGCACGCAGCAGUACAGAAGCAGGCAAACGAGCUCAGGCACCGGAGACGAGAGGAACGACAGAGACAUCAUGAGGAGCACCAGCCGUCCGGGUAGUGAGGAGGACAUAUUACGUGACAUGAACAGUUCAUUCGUUAGUUAUGUCGAAAAUGAGACACCGUUCUCUCAGAAACAGAACUUCAUAAGAUUUAUAUUCAACAGAAAACAACCGAAUAUAUCCAGAUGUAAAUCCAAACUCCGAAACCAUCUUC